UGGACGCAGUCAGUUUCCAAUCCAUGAACAAAGUGUGAACACCCAUUUUUAAAUGUCAGCACACUCGCUGGGAUUGCACCUGGGUGCCGUCUCCCGAUCGUAUCGAUAUCGGAAGGUAAUGAAGCCGCUGCUGGAACGCAAAAGAAGAGCACGCAUCAACAAAUGUCUAGACGAGCUGAAGCAGCUCAUCAUGGAGGUGGUACAGCUGGAUGUGGAGACUCUCUCCAAGCUAGAGAAGGCUGACAUUCUGGAGCUCACCGUGCAUCAUCUCCACAGGCAGCGAAAGCAGUGCGAGUUGAAGACUGCAAAUAAUCCCUUGCAGCAGCUGGAGCAGAGUCGUGGCUAUGAGCAUUUCUGGUGCGGAUUUCAGCAGUGCAUCCUUGAUGUCUCCUGGUUCCUUCAGCGCCAUGACAGGCAUUUCAGUUUCAAGUUCCUCCGAGCCAUUCAGCAAUUAUUGCCAGUUAGACAAAUCAGUUUUUGGAGGCCCUGGUAGCCUUUAGUUUAGUUGGAUCCCCAGAAACCAACAUACCUACAGAGACUGCAAACCUUGAGAAAUUAAGACAUCAGGAACAUCUGAAAUUGUUAAGCUUUCGUACUUGUAUUAUAUCACUCGUAAUAUCUGUGUAUUUCGGUUCAACUUAAAUUCUCGAUCUAAAAAAUUUAUAUACCUCAAAAAUGUAAUUUAAUUUUACAAAUAUUAUCGUCAGCAUUCGCUGCAAUU